AACACUCCGAGAGCACUGAGUGUCUGAGCGGAUUGAGGGAUACAGAUCGACGACCCAAAAAUCUUCCCAAACAAACGAUGGACAUCCUCCUCGGCCCCCCACAAAACCACGAAAGCGACGGAUGAGUGAAAUCGAAGAUGCUGCGCACUACGGCCAAAAUCCUGGAGCUUUUUUGAACAGGACUGUGGGUGUGUGCGCGUCGGGCUCGCCGUUACCUCCGGACUGCACUCGCCAACUUCCCCCGCUUUCCAUCAAGUCAUGUCUGAUACAGAGCAAUGGGCAAGUUUGACGACAACGAGAGGAUAAUCCUCAACGUCGGGGGCACCAGGCACGAAACCUACAAAACCACCCUGAAGACCCUGCCGGGGACGCGACUGGCGCUGCUCGCCUCCGACUCGGACAUCGACUCCGUGCUGGAUCAGCUGCAACAAGUCCCCGGCUUCAUCGAGUACAACGCGCGAACCAACGAGUACUUCUUCGACCGCCACCCGGGUGUGUUCGCCUAUGUGCUCAACUACUACCGGACCGGGAAGCUCCACUGCCCGGCCGAUGUGUGCGGACCGCUGUUCGAGGAGGAGCUCUCCUUCUGGGGAAUCGAUGAGACGGACGUGGAGCCCUGCUGCUGGAUGACAUACCGGCAGCACCGGGACGCGGAGGAGGCUCUGGACGUGUUCGAGCUCAACGUGGACAACGGGGAGGAGGACGACGAGAUCGGGAAGAGGCUCGGCAUUGAGGAUGUGGCUGCCGACGGUAAUGUGAGCCUGUGGAGGAAGUGGCAGCCGGUGAUCUGGAAUCUAUUCGAGGAUCCCUACUCCUCUAGGGCGGCGAGGUUUAUUGCCUUUGCAUCUUUGUUCUUCAUUCUGGUCUCCAUCACCACCUUCUGCUUGGAGACUCAUGAAGCUUUCAACACCAUCAUCAACAAGACUGAGCUGAUGCGGAACAGCAGUGUGACGGAGUCGGGCCCUCAGUACGAGAUUGAAACUGACCCUGCACUCACCUACGUGGAGGGUGUUUGCGUCUUCUGGUUCACCAUUGAAUUCCUGGUGCGCGUGACCUUCUGCCCGGUCAAGUUGGAGUUUGUUAAGAGCGUCCUCAACAUCAUCGACUUUGUGGCUAUCCUACCUUUCUAUUUGGAGGUAGGGCUGAGUGGCCUUUCUUCAAAGGCUGCCAAGGAUGUGUUGGGUUUCCUCAGGGUGGUGCGCUUUGUUCGUAUCCUGCGUAUCUUCAAGCUAACACGUCAUUUUGUGGGGCUAAGGGUGUUGGGCCACACAUUGCGGGCCAGCACCAAUGAAUUCCUGCUGCUCAUUAUCUUCCUGGCGUUGGGAGUGUUAAUUUUUGCCACCAUGAUUUACUACGCCGAACGAAUCGGCGCCAAGCCCAAUGACCCCACUGCUAGCCUCCACACCAAGUUCAAGAACAUCCCCAUUGGCUUCUGGUGGGCUGUGGUAACCAUGACUACACUGGGCUAUGGCGACAUGUAUCCAGAGACCUGGUCAGGCAUGGUGGUGGGUGCAUUAUGUGCUUUAGCUGGCGUGCUGACGAUAGCCAUGCCUGUGCCGGUUAUCGUCAAUAACUUUGGGAUGUACUACUCUCUGGCCAUGGCCAAGCAGAAGCUGCCCAAAAAGAGGAAGAAACACAUCCCUCAGGCAGUGCAGGGAGGGUCCCCCACCUACUGCAAAGCCGAUCUCAACACCACCUGCAACAGCACUCAAGGUGACCUGUGCCACGUCAAAGGGGGCAGGGUACUAGAACGCAACCGUUCAGUUCUGUCAGCGGACUGCAGCGGGGGCAGUGACCUGACCAUGUCUCCAGAGGAGAGGGUCCCCAUGCGAAGGUCCAGCACCAGGGAACAGGACCGUCGGAGCGGGGGCACGUGCUUCCUGCUUGCUGCUAGUGACUACACCUGCCCUGCAGAUGGAGGGUUACGAAAAACAGGCUAUGAGAAAUCCCGGAGCUUAAACAACAUAGCGGGCAUGACUGGCAUGGCUGGUAACGCCCUGAGGUUGUCUCCUGUGACCUCGCCCUAUGGAUCGCCCUGCCCGCUGCGGCGCUCUCGCUCCCCUAUCCCCUCCAUCCUGUGA